GAUAAACUUUAAUGAUAAAAAAAAUAUAUUUUGUUAUUUACACCAAACUAAAAAUACAAAGGAAAUGCGACUGCGUAAACGAUAAUACCGAAUAAAUAUUUACGUUUGAAAGUAUGAGACAUAAUAAUAAGACAUAAAAUAUAGAAAACCAACCAUAUUUGCACUAUUUUUUUAUAUCACAACUGUAGUUAAGUAUGACUAAGAAUUAGGCAUAUUAUGUAUAUGUCUAAUUUUUUAUUUACACUAAAAAUGUAUUUUGGCUAUCAUAAAAUUUUUCAAACAAUUUUCUUUAGAAGUGUACUAAAUUCUAUUCGAAUUACUAAGCAUUUAAAAAUAGCCUAGGUCCUAGGAUCUAUUUCAUUAAAAUAAAUAAUAUCAUUUUUAAUAUCAUAAAAAUAAAUUCACAUAAAUAUCGUAACGAAAACCUGACCUGCACUUGUGUGGUACUUCUUGAAUCAGUCUUAUAAAGUGGUACUUUGUUAUGACGCGGCGUGGUACUUUUAGUGACGCGACGUGGGUGUGUCUAGUGUUAUCACAUACAAGUGCCACUUGUUACGCAGACUUAUUGACAUUAAGAUAGACAUUCCCAGACACAUUUUGGUACCUGACCUAGCAACUAUAUCUUAUACUUUCCCAAAGUGCCAAAUUUUUCAGGAUUAUUUUAACUUUUAUUUAGAGUGUAGGGGUGAUUAUAGUGCUUAUUAAAGAGCAUACGAGGAGCCACUUCGUUGGUACCAUUACACCCGUUUAGUGCUCCCAAAGUUACUUCAACAUCAAACAAAGCACCAAAAUAUCAGUUUGAUAAAGAUGAUGCACCCUCUGGAUCAACUAGAAGGCCUGCUAUGGGUCCACCAUCGGGGCCACCCAAAAGUUUCAAACGCAAGAUUAUACACUCGGCCUCAUCACACCUAGAGUCGUCAUCCAGCGGUAGGCCUCAUCCGAGGGUGCUGGCCAACGACUCAGCGGCAGCAGACACGUCGCACGAUAUGUGCACGCCGAAGAAUAGACCCACUGCUCUCCGGUACAUUAGCAGUAGCAGCAGAGCUGGAUACAGUGGAACUCGUUCAGCAAGAUCCACGAGCGUGUCAGCCGCCGACGCCAGUGUCAUCUUAGCUAUAUCUGAAGGGAGGGGCAUGGCUCGUGGAGAGAUCGGAAUAGCUGCAAUAGAUUUAAGACAUCCUCAUCUAGUGCUCUGUCAAUUCAGUGAUACUCUGCUCUACACACAUACCCUAACCAAAAUCAAUUUCUUCAACCCUAUUGAGAUCAUAGUGCCCCACACAUUCUGUGAAGGCGUACAACCGAAUCAAUUAUACCAAUUGAUCAGGGACCGGUACCCGCUAGUCAACUUGGUGACAGUCCAACGGAGACACUUCAACGAUGCCGCAGGCAGACAGAAUAUACAAACUCUGUGCGCUCCACAGUACAGUGGGGUUUAUCUGCAAGUAGUGCACAAAUUUUACGCCGUAACGGCUGCAGCGGCUGUGUUGAAGUAUGUUGAAUACAUCCAGUGUAUCGUGUUUGCCAGAGAAUCGUUGAAAAUUGAAUAUCAUUCGUCGGAAAAUACUAUGAUCAUUGAUGUGGGCACAGCAACUCAACUGGAACUGGUACAGCCGUUAGUCCCGUCAGCCGGGCCCACGUGUUGUCUGCUCGGCGUGCUCGGCCCCACCUACACUAUAGGAGGCAUUCGGGCACUGAGAGCGUCGAUACUCCAACCUUCCUGCAACAAAGACUACAUCGAAUCUAGGCUCGAUGCAGUACAAGACCUGAUUGACAAUGACACCGGACUUAUUGUUGAUUUACAGGAUGUAAUAAAGAAACUAUCAGACGUAGAUAAGAUCCUCCUGCUUUGCAUGGAGUCAGCUAACCAGAACAUGGACAAAGUAGGAGAGGCUCAGCUGAACCAGACGCUGUUGCUUAAAGUUACCAUGGACUUGGUGCCCAAGUUGGUGGAGGCGCUGAAUGGCGCUGCUAGUGGGAGGCUGAGGAAAAUUAAAAUGGACUUCGAGAACCCACACUACAAUGAAAUAGCGGAACGUAUAAAAAGAAUAAUCCAGGAUGACGCUCACUUAGAAAAGGGGGCUAUGGGUAGUCUUCAACGAUGUUUCGCAGUCAAACCAGACAUCAACGGCCUUCUAGAUGUAGCCAGGAGAACGUAUUCGGAGCUGAUAGAAGAUAUACAGAAGAUCGUGGAACAGCUCAGUGAGACGUACGACCUAACUCUGCGGUUGAACCAGAAUAUGAUGAAAGGGUUUCACAUCGUGCUGCCGUUGGCCCCGAAGAGUAGGAGGUGCUUCAACAUAGAGGAUCUGCCGCCUAUAUUCAUACAGGUUCAUCACAGUGGUGCAAGUGUAACAAUGACUACAGAAGAACUAGUGGUACUGAACCAACAAGCCAAAGAGUCUUUGAAUGAAAUACAGAAAAUGAGCAACAUAGUAAUUUCUAGUUUACUGAAAGAGCUUCGUCCGUUCAUGCCGAGCUUGUACACGCUUUGUGAAAAUGUCGCAGAAUUGGAUGUUCUACUGGCUUUGGCUCAAGCCAGUUCUGUGGGCUCUUACAUUCGUUCAGAAUUCAACAGUUAUAUGGAUGUAAGGAAUAGCGUGCACCCUCUUUUGGAUUACAACAGUCAAGUCUUGCCUGUACCAAACGAUAUUUUAGCAACUCCUGAGCAUAAUUUCACAAUCAUUACCGGACCAAACAUGGGAGGCAAGAGCAUAUACAUAAAACAAGUUGCCAUUAUGCAAGUUAUGGCACAGAUUGGUUGUUUCCUUCCCGCUACAAAUGCCAUCUUAAGACUUUGUGACAGAAUUUUCUCAAGAAUAGGCUUCAAUGAUAGCGUUGAAUUGAAUGCUUCGACUUAUGUGUUUGAGAUAAAAGAGACUCAACAUAUCCUGAAAGGAUUGACACCAACGAGUUUAGUAAUAAUUGAUGAGUUAUGCAGAGGCACUUGUGUGGAAGAAGGGACGAGUGUAGCCUGGGCUAUCUGUGAAGAACUGAUUAUGAGUAAUGCCUUCACAUUCUUCACAACACAUUUUAUGUACCUCACGAGAUUGCAAGAACAUUAUUUUAACGUUGUUAAUCGACAUACCGCAGUGACAGAGGAAGAAGUAGGUACUCCAGAAAAUCCACAAAAACGAUUGGUUUAUCAACAUAAAAUUGAACCAGGUGUCACUAAAAUAGAGCAUUACGGACUGGCACUGGCUGCUAAAACGAACCUCGCAGAAGAUACAGUCAAAUUGGCUAUGGAGUUAGCUGAACUAAUCUCAAGCAAUACCGUUGUGCAAGAAAUUAGAACCCCACAGAAUAAUGAUGCUCAAAGUCUUUACAAUCUCAAUGCAACCAUUCAACAAGAAUGCAGGAAAUACAACAAUUCAACUGAGACUGUGAAGAGAAUAUUACACAAAUUCAAAGAAGACAAUCCACAGAUCAUUAAUAGAGUUCAAUUACAAUGUAGUAGAAGUGAUAAUAAAACUGAUAUGAGCGCGGAAUGUUCUUAUGUGCCAUAUGCUGAAGAAAAAUCUUUAAUAUCUCACGAAGACAGCGAUACCAAUAAAGUAACGAAAAACAUUCGUACGCCCAUUCCUAAGUUUCCAGUCGAACAUUUGGAACUGGUUGAUGAGGUGCAACACAGGAACUACGCCUCAGUACAAUCUUCAGAACAAUUACUGAAUAGUGUCAUACAUAAUGAUGACUCUGCUGAAGCAGAUGAUGGAAAUACAUCAGAUAUAGAAAUGGUUCGAUACGAUAAUGAUGAAGUAGCCAAAGCUAAUGACUAUGUUGAAGAAAGCAAUGAUCAGUUUCAACAGUCUUUUAACAAUGAAAUGCAUGAUCAUCCUACACCUCCAGGCAACAAUAUUGAUAUGAACGAGGAAGAUACGAAUGCCACAGAAACCAGUUCUUUAGAUUCCGACAUUGCUGAAGCUCUGACUCAAAUAGUUGAAGAAUAUUCUUCUAAAAAUGUAACUCAUUCUCAAAAAAGCAGUGACAUGUCUAUCGAUGAAGAUUUAAUAAAUGAAACCAUUCAUGAAAUUAAUGAAGAACUUUCAAAUGAAGCUAGUAGCGUAGAAAAUAUUAUUCUUACGCCGCCGUUGAGUUUUCGUGAUAUGUAAAAUGGGCAAUAAAGCAUGUAUAAAUUA